ACGCGCGCAGAAAUCAAUGUUGUAAUUGUCAAAGCAUGCGCUCGAAGGUGACGGUAGAAGAUCCUCGUACUCAGUACGGGAAAAUAUAUAACGUAGUAUCUAUAGAGAAGAACCUUGUUAUUUGAGCACCGUCGUCGAUCUUUUCAAGUUUUUCAUCCGUCGAGUUUUCCUUCCUCUCGCCGGCUCAACAUGGAUGAAAACCUGAGUCGAGGAUACGUCCAGCUGGGCAAGGCCAGGGGCAUGAACGAAUUUAAAUUCUCAAACGGAGUCACGCAUCUCUCCCCGCCCGUCGACAAAUGCAGUUUUGUUUAUAUAUCUUUGAUGAUCAGCGGCAUUGGGUUUUUACUACCUUACAACAGCUUUAUUAUAGCGGUAGAUUACUUUCAAGCAAGAUAUCCAGGAACUACUGUGGUAUUUGACAUGUCAGUCGUUUACAUCAUUAUGGCUUUCUUCGCGGUCUUUGCGAAUAAUAUUCUGAUCGAGACUUUGUCGCUGAACACACGAAUUACAUUUGGAUAUCUGGUGUCCUUUAUCACUCUAAACGUAGUGGUAAUCUGCGAAAUUUGGUGGCAACUUUUCAAUGUUGUAACUUCCUAUAACAUCAAUUUAAUUGCCGUCGCAAUAGUUUCGCUUGGCUGUACAGUUCAACAAUCGAGCUUUUAUGGAUACACAUCAAUGCUUCCUAGUAAAUAUACUCGAGCGGUGAUGACCGGAGAAAGCAUCGCUGGCUUUUGGGUGUCAAUUAUUCGAAUAAUAACGAAACUCAUGCUACCGGAUGAUCGUAGAAAUACAUCUAUGUUCUUUAGUUUGUCGAACGCAACAAUUCUCUUGUGUUUUAUAUUACAUCAAUUAAUACGAAAAACCGAUUUUGUGCAAUUUUACAUAACGCUAUGCCAAGAAAGGAAUCGAAUCACUUUAGAACCAACGGAGGAUGUCGGUCUGAUGGAUCCAUUAGAUCAAGUCGGUGAUCCUUCGAAAGGUCAGUACGGAGUGUUGAAAAUUCAGACAAGUCCGUUGGGAGCAGAAUCUGCGAGCGGAAGCAAUGAUAUAAAUGCAUCUGGACAGUAUUCUUCUGCUUUCUCAUUCAGUAAUCCAGUAUACGAACCUGGUGCUCCUUCGGAUAAUCCGUCUGGUAGCGCUGGACCAACUUACAAGGUCGAAGAUGUUGUAGUUAUGAGAGGAGCCUACGGAACACAAGCCAAAAGCACACCGUGGUCCGGCAUAAAAAGAGGUCUACUUGCGAGACUCGAAGUGGCUAAAUUGAUCUUUCCGUACAUGACCAGCAUUGGAGUUGCUUACUUUGUGACACUCAUUCUUUAUCCGGGAAUCAUGUCGGAAAUAAUAUCUUGCAAACUUGGCUCGUGGAUGCCGAUUAUUUUAAUGGCCGCUUUCAAUUUCUCAGAUUUACUUGGCAAGAUGUUUGCCAUGGUACCUUAUGAAUGGAAACGUACUCAGCUGCUCUACUUCUCUACCGUGCGAUUCAUACUUAUUCCUUUAUUUAUGAUGUGCGCAAUUCCACGUGAAGCUCCUCUUCUCUCGGGCGAGGGAUACGCAUUGUUGUUCUCUUGGAUACUUGGCCUGACAAACGGUAUACUUGGUUCUAUACCAAUGAUUCAGGCACCUAGCAAAGUUCCAGAAGAACAUCGGGAACUUGCAGGCAACAUCAUGACUCUGUCGUACAUUACUGGUUUGACUAUUGGAUCUAUAAUGGCGUAUAUGAUGGACGCCUGUCUUGGACCACAUGUACAAAUCAAGGAUGUAUGCUCGACAGUAGAGAAGAUUCAAACUUCGACGACCGCGUUCAGUAAUGUAACAGCGAGUAUCCUUACAACUACGAUAUCCUCCACCUUGCCUUCCAUCAAGAAAACGACGGCGUUGCCGAAGUUAAAAACUACUGCCAGUACGCUCACUACGAUUCUCAGCUCAACAUUAUUGUUGAACAACACAGUGAGCUUACUGAGCGAUGGAGAGUCGCUAGACGCGUCGACGACGGCCUUACCGAAGAUCUUAACUAACGUAACCAAUUUAAUGAGCAAUGCGACCUUACAACAUUAGGAGAUACAUAUUUGCGUGCUGUGUUAAAUCUGGUGCAUAUAUA